AUGGGUCAUAGGUCUUCGAUGUUGGUAGUGCAUAAUCUGAAUUUAAAGGAGAUUAACGAUGAACCUCCUCCAACAUUUCAUUAUAUUUCGAAGAAUGUGAUAUAUGACAAAGCUUAUGUAAAUUUUUCAUUGGCCCGAAUUGAUGAUAAUAGUAAUAGCUGUGCAACUUGUCACGGUAAUUGUGUAUCGUCUUAUCCACCCUGUGAAUGUGCCCGAGAGACUCGUGGCGAUUUUGCAUACAACGUGGAUGGAAUUGUAAAAGAGGACUUUAUAGACCAAUGUAUAUCUAUGAACCGCUUUCCAAAAAAGCACAACAAAUUUACUGUAAGGGACUGUCCGCUUGAAAAAUUGAGAAAUGAUGCCAAUUUGAAAGAUUAUCAAUGCAGAGGACAUUAUAAAAAAUUCAUUAAAGAAUGUUGGUGGAAAUGCAAAUGCAAUAAACAAUGUGAGAAACGGGUCGUGCAACGAGGUAUAAAAAAGGGUGCUUUUGUUUGUGAAUAUGUUGGUGAGAUACUAACAAACACUGAGAUAUAUGAGCGAGGGUUGGCCAAGCGAGAUGGUGAAGUGCAUACCUAUCCUGUUCUACUUUUUGAUGCUGAUUGGGGUUCAAAAGGUGUCUUAAAAGAUGAAGAAGCUCUAUGUUUGGUUGCUACUUAUUAUGGAAACAUUGCAAGGUUUAUUAACCAUAGGUGUUUUGAUUGCAAUUUUCUUGAAAUACAUGUGGAGGUGGAGACUCCAGAUCAUCAUUAUUAUCAUCUUGCAUUCUUUACCUUAAGAGAAGUGAAAGCAAUGGAAGAAUUAAAUUGGGAUUAUGGGAUUGACUUUGAUGACCACGAGCAUCCGGUCAAGGCCUUUAAUUGUCGUUGUGGCAGCAAAUCUUGUCGGAAUAUCAAACCUAAGAGAAAAUCUUCCAGAUCUAAAUCUAGGAGAUGAAGCAAUGCCUCUAAACUCUAUGAUGCUACAAUUUCAAGUCAUCAGCCACAAUGUUGAAUGUGCUUCACCAUAAGGAUCUUAAACUGAAUGGAGGAUAGUAAGAUUGGUUAUUGGAUUAAUGUAGUUUCGAGUCAACUUCUUAGAAUUUCUAUUAUUUCUAUCUAUGAUUGGUUAUG